AUGAUUAGCGGGUUGUCUAUGGAGCUCGGUAAUGGCAGAACAAUCCAGUUCUGGGAGGAUAGAUGGUUGCCGCCUGGGGUGUUGAAAGAUAUAUUUCCUAGACUCUUCUCGGUCUCGACCCUUCAAGGAUCUGUUAUAAGGGAUUGUGGGUUUUGGGAUGGACUAGAGUGGAUUUGGAGCUUCCAGUGGAGGAGAGAGUUGUUCCAAUGGGAGUUGGAUUUAGUUCACCAGCUUCAUGAGCUGCUACAAUCGGUCAAGCCCACCACUGAAAAAGAGAAUGGCGUGGUUUGGAAAUUUGAUAAAACAGGAGUUUACUCAACGGCUUCCUUUGGGAAGGUUUUGCAGGCGGAAGUCCUACCAGAGGAAAUCACUAGCUAUAGCUUCACUCGUGCUGUUUGGAAAGGACUUGUACCUCCGAGGGUUGAGCUGCUUACUUGGUUUGUCUUGAUUGGAAGGGUGAAUACUAAGGAUCGACUAUGUAGAUUCCGGGUUAUUGCUCAGCAGGAUAAUAGGUGUGUGCUAUGCGAUAAGGCUGAGGAAACUGCUUUUCAUUUGUUCCUGGAAUGUGAGACCACAUGGAAGGUGUGGUGUGCUUGGCUGCUGGCCUUGGGACGACAAUGGAGCCUUCCAGGUACACUAAAUGAUCACUUUGAAAGCUGGACGGAGCUAUCUGUAAGGAAGGUAGACAGAAAGAAGUGGUUCAUUGGGUUCUUUGCGGUUAUUUGGACAACCUGGCUAGAAAGGAAUGGUAGGCUCUUCAGAGAUCAUACUUCCAGCAUGGAGGACAUCAUAAACAGGUCGUUUAGGUACUCUGAGAAAUGGAGUGGUGUUGACCCAAUUGGUUGUUGA